AUGCUACAGAAUGGGCCAACCACUUCAAAUCAGGCAGAUGACAAGCGCAUGACACUGCAAGCACUUUUUCGUCCACCAAUUGAUAUCAUGUUCACUGGCGAUUGGGAAACCGUUCGUUACGAGGCAUCUCAGCGAAAUCAAUGGUUGCUGAUAAAUGUGCAGGAUGAUCAAGAAUUCGCAUGCCAGACGCUUAAUCGUGAUGUCUGGUCUAACACAGCAGUCAAAGAACUCAUUCGGUCAAGCUUUGUUUUUUGGCAGAUUCACAAAGAUUGGGCCGAUGGUAAUAGGAUAUGUAACUAUUACCGUAUUAAUUCGUAUCCAGCAAUAUUUGUGGUUGAUCCACGUACGGGCGAACUGUUGCUCACAGUAAAAGCUGCUGCUGAUGCAUUCUCUUUCUGCGAUCAGUUAGCCACAUUUUUGGAUUCAUGCCCAGAUUAUGAAGCAAGGGAUCGGCAACUUUCAGCCGUGCAGUCAAGCAGCGGUAGCUCGGAACAGUCAGCAUCGACAGAACAUGUUUCACCGGUCGGUGAUAUGAUUUUUGCUAUGAUUUUUAUAAAAGUGCAUUUCUCAGUUAGAUUAAAAUCGAAGGAGGCGAGCGACUCAAGGCAGGUGAGAUUGAGUGGUUACAAACAGCCUAAUGAGCUGAAAGUGCACUUGAGUUUGAGUUAG